UUAGCUGGAGAGCUAGCCAAUCUGCCAGAUAAUCUUUUAGCUAUGAAAUAACCCCCCCGUCUAGCGUACUGGAUUUAACUUCAAGUAUAAAACAGUUCACUAGGACAUUCGACUCCUUAAGCGACUUAAGCUUCAAUUCAGUUCGCUACGUGGCCUGAAUAAGAGGCAGAAACACCCAUUUUUCUUCUUUUUGGAUCAGCUCAGUCUACAAGCUAGCAAACUUAGUAACAUUAACGUUAGCUGCAGAGCCACCAUGGCUGAAUUUGGGUUUAAUGAACACCAUCAGAAUGAAGCCAUCAAUUACAUGCGGUUUGCUCGUUCAAAGAGGCUCCUGAGACUGAAGACCAUUGACUCAUGCUUUGAAGAACUCAAAGAUAGCAGGCUGGUGGAGGAAACCUUCACAGUGGACGAGGUGAGGGAGAUGCUGGACGGGCUGCAGGCGGUGGUGCGAGGGGAGGUAGAGAUGGAGCUCAUCAAUACAGCGCACACUAAUGUGUUGCUGCUCAGGCAGCUCUUCUCACAGGCUGAGAAGUUCUACCUUCGAUUGCAGAGCGACAUCUCGGAGCUGGAGAACAGGGAGCUGUUAGAACAAGUGGCAGAAUUUGAGAAGACUGACUUUAAAACCACUGAUAAGAUAAACCAGGAAACAAGCAAACCCAAGCUAGCACCACUGAAUGAAGGUGGUGUUUCUGAACUUCUUAACAAGGAGAUUACAAGACUACAAGAGGAAAAUGACAAACUUAAAGCCAGGCUGCGGACUUUAGAAUCACAGGCAAUGAGUGCACUAGAUGAGCGAACCAGGGCAGAGAGAGCUCUGAAAGACCUUCAGAAGGUCCAAGGUGAACAGCAGCUGGCCACCCAAUCCCAGGAGAUCAACUGUCUGGAGGACACAGUGGCAGCUCUAAGGGAGGACUAUGAAAGGUCUCUCAGUGCCAAUGCGAUGUCCCAGAAGGAUCUGCAGGAAAACCUGAUCUCUGCCAAACACGAGCUUCUGCGAGUGCAGGAGCAGCUGGCCCUGGCAGAGAAGGAGUUGGACAAGAAGUUUCAGCAAACUGCAGCCUACCGAAACAUGAAAGAGAUCCUUACCAAGAAGAAUGAGCAGAUCAAAGAAAUUAGAAAACGAUUGCAGAGAUAUGAGCCCAAUGAAUGAGUUUUGCCCGAAACAGCUGCUGAAACAGGUGUCCAGAGGCUAAGACGGGCGCAAAAUUUACGACUGUGGUUUGGACUUGAAACCAUCGGCUCCACUGCUGAGAGACGAGAGACAGAAAAAAAGCACUUCCACGGGGAGCUGUUUAUUCAUGUUUUAUCUGGCUUCUUCAGUAGUUUUUGGCAUUAGUAAAGAGCGGGAAAAGGGGAAUGUUGGCAGUAAACACAACUGAACACACAAAAUGAAGCAGUGAUAAACGAUAGCGCUGCUUUUUUUUUUUUCUACGUCUCAAUUUGGAGCUCACUUACAGUAGCUAGACUUCCCUCGGUGCUCUAUGCAAAAUACUAUCACGUCCCUGUUUGAAGAGGCCUUGUCCAUGUGCUGAAUUGGACAGAAACUUACUGUCUGCCUAAAGCUUUGCAGUCUUAUCCAGCAGAUGGUUAGAGGUGAUAUUUAGCUUUUUAGCACCUGCUAAUUAUUUAUACUUUUGCUGUUUAGUCUUAAUUUAGAAGCUCCCCUUGAAGUCAGAUUUAAAGCAUCAUCACGUCAGACCCAAGCAAAACCAAAAGCUUUUUGUUGGAUAACAGUAAAAAAUGUAACAUUAUGUUUUUGACCCUUUGAAGUCAGACUUGCUUUUAAUUAACACUUAAAAGGAUUUCCAACAGAAACAUUUCUAAUGAUCUGGCAUUCUGUGAAAGUCUGAUCAUCUUCUUUUUAACCGGGUUUCUUGCGUUUAAUGUUUGUUCCGCUCUGACAUGGAUAGUGAUCUAGAUUGAUUUCCUUUACUUCCCUUAACAAAGGGCAUAGAAUAUUUUUGUGUAAAAUCUUUAACUGUGUACUUUUUCGUAUCGUGUGGCUGAAGGAGUGUAAGGGGGGAAUUAAAAAAAAGAAGAUAUACAUGAUGUUCAUGAGUUAAUGCUCUUGUAGAGUAUGAUACAUCGACCCUAUAUUACACUACACUAGAUGUGUGUUUGUGUGUAUCGUGCUAAGUAUGGGGUAAUAAAAAGCUGUUACCAAGUUCA